UGUGAUAUAAUUAAUAUAAUUGCGGACAAACUAAAAAAUGGAAGGGUCAAAUUGCAUUGUAAAAUUCAUAUUUCAUCCGCCAUUGUAAACGAAAUUGCUAUCAUAACGUGGAAUUAUAAUUCAAAAUUCACAAACUAAAUAAAAAUCAAAUAUUACUUUGUACAAUCACUUGUUCUCAUUAAAUAAAGUAUAUUCGAUGGACGUAAAAGGUAUCGUACGAUAUUUGUGCGAAUUACAUCGGCAAAAAUUUGCUUUCCGAGGUGCUUAUUGAUUUACACCGGCGAAAUAAUGCAUUACACCGAAUCGCGUUUAUCGCACGAGAGUGUACAUAAUCGUAUGUACUUAAGCAAACGGUUACUGUAAGAUGCAACAAACGAAAUUAAGGUAGGAAUUGGAACAGUGGAAAUUAGAAGGCGAUAGAUCGUUAAAUAUGUAAUUGGAUUCGUCUCGAGUUUUGUGUAAGAGAGAGAAUGUAAGCGAGUUCCAUUAACGUUGGUUGUUCUAGAAGCUGUGACACAUUUUACCGAUGAGGUCGAAAGCAUCUCUGGGCCAGGGUACGAAAGACCGGGUGCCAAUCGAGAGAAAAACUGUUGCAGCUACCAGUGAAGAUCGCUUUAGUACGUUGGUGAUGAAAGUGGAAAGAGACUCCGAGGACGAAGAAGCGGAAGAGGACGAUCAGCUCGAAAGAGAAGUGGUAGCUCGCAAGGUGAACGAAGACUGGACAACGGAUGCCGUGAAAACUGUUUUAGUGCCCGUUAGGGACCCAGUGACGCAGCAGAUCAGGAACAUGUUGGUACCUGUCGAAGUGAGGGACAAAACUGGGUUAAACAUGAUCAAAAGUGUACUGGUACCGUUUCAGAGCAGCGAUGGUUCGGUGUCGUAUGAGAUUAGGAAGGUGACGGUGCCGAUUACGAUCGAGUCGAAGCUUCUGGAGAACGCUGACGACGUCAAAGAAACUGGAAAAGAGAGCAAGGAGGCAGAUCCAAAAGAAGAGAAACAGGAAACAAGGGCCGUCGAGGAGGUGAACGUAAAAGUGGAGCAGUUUUUGGACGAGGAGGCCAAGUCGGACAGCCCAGGAAAUGAAUCCGAGGACAAUUUCGAGGUGAUGGACCAGACCCUGAGGAACAGUUGUCCACUGUGUCAGAAGUGCUUCAAGGACGAACACGAGAUGCAGAAGCACGUCCGUCGGAGCCACCGGAAGCGGUACAGCUGUGACAAGUGUCAGAAGAGGUGUAUGUCCGAGCAGGCCCUCGAGAAACACCAGAAGACCCAUGUGGGUGCCUCGUUCCUGCAGUGCUCCGUCUGUAACUUGAGGUACAAGACCAACGUGGGGCUGAAGAACCACUAUGUCCGCGAGCACAGCAGUCUGGACCCGAAGUUCACCUGUGACUACUGCGGCAGGUGCUUUAAAUUGAAGCACGACCUGAGCAUCCACAUCGACAGGACCCACAUGAACCCGGAGUACAUCUGCAGGUUCUGUGGGAGAGCCGUGAAGAACAUACUGCACCACGAAGCGACGCACGAGGAGGAGGUGAAUAAAGGCACCUCUCGGUACCGUUGCGAUCAUUGCCCUAAAGACUUCAAGCUGCUGAACAGACUGGCCAACCAUUUGCUGAAGAAGCACAACGACCGCAGUCAACCUAGCAUGUUGAGGACGCUGUGCGAAAAGAACUUCCAGUCGAAGAAGGACUUCUAUCGACACGUACUAGCCGAGGAAAGGAUGAAUAGAUACAAAUGUGACACCUGCGGCAAAACUUAUGCGAACGAACAGAACCUUCGUAGUCAUGCGGCUGUACACUCCCACACCUUCGUGUGUCAUCUUUGUAGCAAGAACUUUGCUAAUAAUUAUUCUUUGAAGUUGCAUCUGCGGAUGCAUACUGGUGAACGACCUUAUCAGUGCAAGGUCUGUUUGAAGACCUUCUCGAGGACCAACGCGCUUAGGGUGCACCAGUUCACGCACACCGGGGAGAGACCUUACGUUUGUGAUCUUUGUGGACAGAGUUUCACGCAGCGGAGUAGCAUGAUGGGUCAUCGACGCAAACAUCCUGGAAAUCAUCCACCGCCUCCACCUUUGUCGCUCAGCAAGCUGGAACUGAACGAACAUUUGACUUUGUGAACUGGGAAGUGCAAUGAAACGCAAUAGACGGUUCUUUGUUUAAUGUAAUUAGGUUAAGGAUGUUUGUAAAAGAUGUUAGGACUUUCGCGGAGUUACUCAAAAUUUUAUUUUGUAAGUUGUAUUAUAUGAUGCUUAGUAUGUGUUUAGAAUGAUGGAUUUGUUGAAUGUGUUCUUGAGUGAAACUGAAUGUGAGACUUGGUCGGCGACAUUUUAUAAAUGUUGCAUGACGUGUUUCUGUCUUUUUGAAAUUGAAUGGAGGAAAAUAUGGGAAAGAGUAUAUUUGAUAAACUUAUUGAUCAUUUUUCAAUUUAAUCUGUACACACGGAAACUGCAUUUUUUAUUUAUUAUAAAUUAUCUUGAAAAGUGAUUGAUAAAUUUACAAACUAUUUUCCUUAUAUUUUGGUAAGUUUACUAAAUGUAACUUUUCCUAUAU